AUGAAGACCUUGUCCGACGAGGAGCUCACAAAUCUCGCGGGCAAUUACUUCGCCCCGAAGGGACUUUACCGUCACACGAAAGGCUUGCCAUUUUUGGGUAGUCUUGAGUGUAACACAAAGACUCUCAUUGCUGGGCAAUGGACUGAACUCAUUGUGGAAUACACGGUUGGUGCCAGUGGCCUUGCUGAUGGAGCUUGGAUCAAAGGGACCUUCAAGUUCUACUCGGACUGGGCGCUGUUUCAGACUUCCGACCCAAAAGAAGACAACUACGUAUCGGUAGAAUACACGCCAGGCCCUCUCCACGAAGGACAAACAGCGGCGACGGUACAGUCACUGGCUGUUCGUUUCGACCAAAAGGGCCACGAGCGACCAUUUCAAAAGGCCAUCAUCGUUGACAUUGUCGACGGUUACAUGAACCCCGGAGAUAAGAUUACUGUUCGAAUUGGCGACAGACGAUGGGGAUCGCGGGGUACCCGGGUUCAAACAUUCGUUGAAGACAAGUUCUUGAUGAGGUGGUAUAUUGAUCCAGUCGGAACUUCAAGGUUCGCUCCUAUCAAGCCUGACAUUGCUUUUCCAAUCAAACCGGGACCAGUUGCUAGAGUUAAGGCCACAACUCCCCGAGUUGUUAGGCCCGGCGUUCACGUCCCCCUUCACGUCCAUACCGAGGACAUCUGGGGCAAUGCGACAGCAGACCUAGGGAACCUGAAAGCUGAAGUCAAAUUGAUCAAAGUUGGCUCCCAGGCAGAGGUUGUCCAGACUAAAACCUUGCCUUUCGCAGCCCAGGGAUGGACGGUGGUGAAUGACACAUACGAGUUCGUCAAAGAUGGGGACUACGAUCUCGUCGUGGCAGUAAUUGAUGGUGAGGGAUCUGUCAUUGCCACAGCUACUGACUAUAUAUCUGUCGAUGCCUCUCUACCCAUCCCUCGGCCGUUGUACUCUGAUCUUCACGUUCACUCCGAUGACACUGUCGGCACCAACUCGACCACAUACAACUUCUCUUACGCCAAGGAAAUUGCCGGCCUUGACGUCGUCGGAUACACUGCUAAUGAUUUCAACAUUACCAAAGAGAAGUGGGAGCACACGCUUGAGAUCAUUAAGGGAGUUAAUUCGCCUGGCGAAUUUGUCGUAUUCCCUGGGACAGAAUGGUGUGGCAACUCAGCCGCUGGGGGUGAUCACAAUGUCAUUUUCCUCGAUGACCCGAAGACGAGUCAACCCGAGUUCCCUUUUGACAAGAAAGGGAAUGUAGCUCGUAGCUUCGAGUGGAACGAGGACGGACCGGCAGAGCUGAUACCCGGCGCCUGGCCACUGGAUGAAGUCUACGCGACUUACGCCCAUUCACCUGAAAGCCACCUUUUGAUCCCCCACGUUGGCGGUCGUCGAUGCAACCUAGCCUGGCACCAUCCCCAUUUGGAACGUCUUCUCGAAAUUGGCAGCGCUUGGGGGUUAUUCGAGUGGCUUCUUCGCGACGCCGUGAAACGGGGCUGGAAACUCGGCGUUUCCGCCAAUUCGGAUGAGCACCGGGGCCGAUGUGGAGGCGGGGUACCCGGAACUGCCGUCUUUGGCACGAAGGGUGGAUUUACCGGCGUCUUGGCCGACAAGCUGGAGCGUGGUAAGGUUGCGAAGGCCUUACGGGCAAGGCGUACAUUUGCGACAACAGGCGAACGCUUAGUUGGGAUCGUACGCACCGACAACGGACAUCUUCAAGGCGAUGAUAUAUUUGUGAAGGAGAAUGAUGAACUCGUUCUCAGGUACAGCUUCUUUGGUGCGGGAGGGUACUCUUCCAUCGAGGCUUGGGAUGCGAGUGGUCGGAUUCUCCACCGGGAUCUCCAGAAAGAAGCAGAGACUCACGCCACGGCAUCAACUCCUAGAAAGAUUCGCGUGACUUGGGGAGGGGCUCGCGUUUACGACAGAUAUCGUGAGGCUGUCUGGCACGGAUCAAUCCUCCUUCCCGGGGCGGUAAUCUCGCAUGUUCGACAUUUCGGGGGCGUGCUUGACAAUGCCGACGAUGAGAUCACGCAACUUUCCCAAAACCAGGUCGUCUUCGAAACCCGAACCAGUGGAGAUUUCGAUGGUGUUGACAUUUUCCUUGAUGACACAUCGGGAAUCCCCUCUACUAUCAGCGUAUCGGGCCAUUUAGGUGGAUACGUCAAAGUUGGUGACGCCCUCAAAGGAAACCCCCACAACCCGCAACCUCGGUUCAACUUGGUUGCUACGGCAAAGGACUUGACUCAGGAAGGAGGGGUGCGCGACGACAUAGUAGGCGGUGCUGACCUCUUUGUGUCCAUCGAUGGUCUGUUGGAUGUUCCAUUGCCCAAAAGAGUUGAAGGCAGCUUCACAGUGAAGGCAGAGUCUGGUAGUGGUGGUGACCGGGCGGUGUACUUUGUAGGCAGAGAGUAUGGUGGAGGGAAGGUCAUCACCAGUCCUGUAUUCAUCAAGUACGAAUCUGACCCCCGCAACUCCAACAACCCCAAUCUCUCGGGCCCAGUGCCCAUUUCGCGCAUCACCUGCACCUCCUCGGGCCUCAAAAUUGGAAACCGAAACGGGAGCUCUACUACACAGACCGGGUUUUCUGUCAAUGGCACCGCUCCCUCGAGCAAGAAUCCUAUUGGCAAUCCCUCUUUUCCUGGAUCAACGACGACUGGCGGCCUCAACUGGCUAGGGUUUGAUAUCGUUGAGUUUAAUCACACAACGAUCUUAGCCUACAAUCUGGCUGUAGGAGGUGCUACGACAGACAACACACUUAUUCCAACAUACACGGAAGGUAUUGCGACCUACGUAGACCAGGUCGACACCUUUUACGAUGCAUACGUCCACCAGGAAAGCCCAUGGUCCUGGGACGACGUUCUGAUUGGGAUCUGGAUCGCCAACAACGACGUUGGCCAGUCUUUUGACAGAAACGACACAUCCUCUCUGUACCCGAAGGUUUCUGCCCGUUACUUCGAACAGACUCAGCGCCUCUACGAUGCCGGUGCCCGAAAUUUUGUGUUUCUCACAUGUGCUCCCCAGCAACUCACUCCUUUGAUGAUCGAAAAAGGCCCAGAAAGCAAUGCAAGGGUUGCAGCUGCUGUCAAGCUCUACAAUGAGAUAUUGGAAAAGAACUUUCAAAGGUUUAAAAUAGCCCAUCCGGAUGUUCAAGCCUGGCUGGUCAAACCUUCGAAGUCAUAUGAGACUGCGAUUGCGAACCCACAAGAAUACGGAGCGCCAGACGCGAUUUGUACAAACGAGGACGGCGUCAGCUGCCUGUGGUGGAACAACUACCAUCCUGGAAUUCAAAUUCAUCAUCUUCUGGGAGCAGACGUGGCGACAACUGUUGGCACACCCUGGUUCAAUCCCCAGUAG